AUGGCUCCCUCAGACCUCAAGAUCGUUUUCGGCGCCAUGACCAUUGGCAAGCCCAAUACCCUCAGCGCACGCGUCCACACCGUCGAAGGCGCCAUCGCGCUGCUCGACACCUUUCAAGGCCACGGCUACAGCGAGAUAGACACAGCCCGUAUGUACGGGGACGGGUCCAGCGAGGAAAUACUCGGCGCCCUCGACUGGCAGAAGCGCAACAUCGUUCUGGCCACCAAGCUCUACCCUAACGCCGGGCUCCCCGUUUCCCCCAACGACCAGUACACCCUCACGCCCGCCGACGUCCGUCGCGGCUUCCAGAACUGUCUGAAAGCGCUCAAGGCCGACAAAAUCGACAUGUUCUACCUGCACGGCCCUGACCGGAAGACGCCGUUCGAAGACACCCUCGGCGAGGUCGACAAGCUGCAUAAGGAAGGGCUCUUCAACAGGUUCGGCCUCAGCAACUUCAUGUCGUGGGAGGUGGCGCACAUUUGCGAGAUUUGCAAGAGGAACGGCUGGAUCCAGCCGACCGUCUACCAGGGCGUCUACCACACCCUGCAGCGGACGAUCGAGGCCGAGCUCCUGCCUUGCUUGAGAUACUACGGCAUCUCGCUGUAUGCGUUCCAGCCGCUGGCCGGGGGCUUCCUUACAGGGCGGUAUACGCGUGACCAGCAGGAGUUCGAGCCCGGGUCACGAUUCGAUCCGAAGCAUGCGCAGGGUAAGCAGCACCAGGGGCGGUACUGGAACGAGACGACUUUCGACGCGUUGGACAUCAUCCGUGCUGCUGCUGAGAAGCACAGCUUGACGAUUGCGGAGGUGGCAAUGAGGUGGCUUAGGCACCACUCGUUACUGAAGAAAGAGAGCGGAGAUGCAAUCAUCGUCGGAGCUAGCAGCGUGAAGCAUCUAGAGGACAAUCUGAACGACGUAGAAAAAGGCCCGCUGCCGGAAGAUGUGCUGGAGGCUCUGGACAAGGCGUGGUUGGUUGUGAAGGGUGUGGCGCCGAAGUACUGGCAUUGA